UCCUACAAGUUACGGGAGAGUCGGCCGGGAAAGAGGACAAUCGCGUGCCCCCUUUGCCCCCGCUCCUGGCCCCUCGAGACCCCCACAUCGCCUCGCGCUGGAAGGGGAGCUCCAGAAUGAAAAGCAAGAAAGGUGUUGUUGUGGCAUCGGGCAGUGAGACGGAGGAUGAUGACAACAUGGACAUCCCUCUGGACCUCUCCUCCUCUGCUGGUGCAGGCAAGAGAAGGCGAAGGGGCAACCUUCCCAAGGAAUCUGUGCAGAUUCUCCGCGAUUGGCUGUAUGAGCACCGAUACAAUGCCUAUCCCUCAGAACAAGAAAAAGCAUUACUGUCCCAACAAACACACCUGUCUACACUACAGGUCUGUAACUGGUUCAUCAACGCCCGCCGCAGGCUUCUCCCAGACAUGCUGAGAAAAGAUGGCAAAGAUCCAAAUCAGUUCACAAUUUCCCGCCGUGGGGCCAAGAUUUCUGAGGCGAGCUCUGUGGAGUCAGCCAUUGGUAUCAAAAACUUCUUACCGGCUCUAGAGGAGAGCCCAUUUCAUUCCUGUACAGCUGGACCAAACCCAGCCCUAGGGAGGCCGCUGUCCCCCAAGCCAUCGUCCCCAGGAUCAAUAUUGGCUCGUCCAUCCGUGAUUUGUCAUACCACUGUGACUGCAUUGAAAGACGUGCCUUUCUCUCUCUGCCAGCCAGUUGGUGUGGGACAAAACACAGAUACACAGCAGAUAGCAGCCAGCAGCUUCACAGACACCUCCCUCCUGUACCCAGAGGACACAUGUAAAUCUGGACCAAGUACAAAUCCACAGAGUGGUCUUUUCAACACUCCCCCACCUACUCCACCGGACCUCAACCAGGAUUUUAGUGGAUUUCAGCUUCUCGUGGAUGUUGCACUCAAACGGGCUGCAGAGAUGGAGCUUCAGGCUAAACUUACAGCUUAACCCAUUUUCAAGAAGAAAAGUUUUCACAGGUGUUAUUAUGAUUGCCGGGGUGAUGGCAAGAGACAAACUGCAUUAUUUUAUAUAUUUUUUUAUUAAUAUUUGCACAUGGGAUUGCUAAAGUGAAGCUUCUGUUACUGAGAUGUCUUCAAUGGAAUACAGUCAUUCCAAGAACUAUAAACUCAAAGCUACUGUAGAAACAAAGGGUUUUCUUUUUUAAAUGUUUCUUGGUAGAUUAUUCAUAAUGUGAGAUGGUUCCCAAGAUCAUGUGAUUUCUUUUUUUUCCCCUCUCUUUCUCCCUUCCCUUUUUUUUUUUUUUUUUUUUUAUCUCCAGACUGUGCAAUACUUAGAGAACCUAUAGCAUCUUCUCAUUCCCAUGUGGAACAGGAUGCCCACAUACUAAUUAAUAAAUUUUCCAUUUUUUUCCAAACAAGUAUGAAUCUAGUUGAUUGAUGCCUUUUUUUCAUGAUGUAAUAAAGUAUUUUCUUUAAAA